GGUCAAUUGUAUCAGACGUUCUCAUGUCCCGGCGUAAACUCAUUUCUAUAUCAGAGGUAUCUGUCAGGGUGUAUACCCGUCUAAAAAUGAACACAGCGCCAUGUUUAAAUAUCCUAUCCACUAGUUAAUGUCAUCCUUCGAAAUCAACGCCGCCUCUUGAGUUGGACAGUUUUUUUUUGUCACACACCAGUUGAGAUAUUCUCAUCAGCAUUUUUGCAAGUUUACAAAUGGCACAGUGUGUGACUAAAGUGGAGUUGAGUAUCUCCUGCGAGAAUCUGUUAGAUAAAGAUGUUGGUUCCAAGUCUGAUCCAUUGUGUGUGUUAUUCGUAAGUACUGGCGAGAAUCAGUGGGCUGAGAUUGAUCGGACAGAGAGAGUUAAAAACUGCCUUGCCCCAAAAUUCUCAAAAAGAUUCCUGGUGGAUUACUAUUUUGAGCAGGUUCAGAAAUUGAAGUUUGGAAUUUAUGAUAUUGACAACAAAACAAUUGACUUGAAGGAUGAUGACUUCCUGGGACAUUUUGAAUGCACCCUGGGACAGAUUGUCUCGAGUAAGAAACUGAUGAGACCGCUAAUGCUGAAAACUGGCAAGCUUGCAGGCAAAGGAGUAAUCUCGAUUUUUGCAGAAGAAGUAAAAGACAACAGAAUGGUUAACCUUCAAAUUCAAGCACGGAAUCUGGAUAAUAAGGAUCUGUUUGGCAAAUCUGAUCCUUAUUUGGAGUUACACAAACAGACUGAGGAUGGGAAGUGGCAAAUAGCACACAGAACAGAGGUAAUUAAGAACAACUUAAAUCCCAGUUGGAAAGCAUUCAAAGUCUCUUUGCAUUCUCUCUGUGGUGGUGACUUACAGAAGCCAGUCAAGGUGGAAUGCUAUGACUAUGACAAUGAUGGAUCACAUGAUCUAAUAGGCAUCUUUGAGACCAAUGUUGCCAAACUUCAAGAAGCGUCACAGAACGGAACCGAGUUUGAAUGUAUUAAUCCAAAGAAAAAGCAGAAAAAAAAGAGCUACAAAAAUUCAGGGACUGUGCUUGUUCAAACAUGUCAGAUUGUGAAAGAAUACUCUUUCUUGGACUAUAUUAUGGGUGGCUGCCAGAUGAACUUCACUGUUGGUAUCGAUUUUACAGGCUCCAAUGGGGAUCCUCGUUCACCUGACUCUUUACAUUAUAUAAAUCCUAAUGGAUUUAAUGAAUAUUUGAUGGCAAUCUGGUCUGUUGGACUGGUUGUUCAAGACUACGAUACAGACAAGAUGUUCCCAGCAUUGGGAUUUGGUGCACAGAUACCCCCUAACUGGCAGGUGUCACAUGAAUUUUCCAUAAACUUCAAACCUGACAACCCAUAUUGUGCAGGAGUGCAAGGAAUUGUGGAUGCCUACCGCAAUUGUCUUCCCCAAAUCAAACUGUAUGGACCAACAAACUUUGCUCCCAUAAUAAACCAUGUGGCAAGAUUUGCAGCUGCAACAAUUCAACAGCCAACAGCUUCUCAAUAUUUCGUCCUGCUGAUCAUUACGGAUGGAGUGAUCACAGAUCUAGAUAACACAAAGCAGGCCAUUGUUAAUGCUUCUAAGUUGCCAAUGUCCAUUAUCAUUAUUGGAGUUGGUGGAGCAGAUUUCAGUGCCAUGGAAUUUCUGGAUGGUGAUGAUGGUGUACUGAGAUCACCUACUGGGGAAGUAGCUGUGCGGGAUAUUGUCCAGUUUGUGCCAUUUCGGAAAUUUCAAAACGCUCCAAAAGAAGCUCUUGCACAAAGUGUACUUGCCGAAGUGCCUCAACAAGUAGUCUGCUAUUUCAACUCACGCAAAAUAAGUCCCUCAAAGGAGGAAAAACCUGAAGAUUUUCUGGAUUUCUAGUUGAAAGGCUGAGCUUUUCAAACUUAAUUUGUUUGUGCCAUUUCACUUGUUUAGCUCUUGUAAAAGCAAUAGUUAAUCUCUUAUAAAUGAAAGAUAUUAAGGAUGAUUGUUCUCACCCCUUUUGUGUAAUGUCAAGAAUUAUUUUCUUGAUUUAAGUCCUUGGAAGAUUGAACCUGUUUCCAAAAUGAAUUGUUUCAUUUAUCAACCGUAACGAUGCAAGCUGUGCCUUUUUGUAUAUAAUUCUACUGCUUUGCUCAAAAGUAAUCCAAGGGUGCUUGAAUUGGGAAGUGAAAAUACUAGUUAAGCAGCCUUUCAUGUUCAGCUGUAUGUUGCAGCACUGAGUUAUAACCAGCAAAAUUAGCUUCAGCAUUCCCAGGUUGUUGAGAAAAACUCGAGAGUUCUUGCUCUUGACUGCUAGAAUUAUCAGAUGGCCAUUUUAUAAAGCUGAGAAGCAACCCUAUUUUGAGCAGUUCACUAAGACUAUUGAAAUAAAAUCUUUCAUGAGUAAGUAGCCAAUUGGAUGAGAAACUGGCAGGCACUUUGUUCCUGUGGAACUGUAUAAUUGCUCCAUGUAGACAUGAAAUGGAGACUUCCUGUGUGUGUAGGAGGAGAAAAGUGGAACCAAAAUGAAAGCACCUUUUAUACUAGAGGUUGGCAUUUCCUUUAUUUUCCAUUUUAUGUUGUUUGUCAUUGAGACAAACUCUCCGCACAACUCUCUCUUCCCAGAAACAUGCUUCACAUCUAAACUUAGAAAAUGUUUUGCAAAAUUUACUGCUUAAUACAUAUUAUUAUUUUGGAACGAUAUUUAGAAUGAAUCAUAUGGUUUUUCUAUUAAAACUAUAAAAAUUUGUUUGAGUUAACUUUUCUUUCAAUUAGUAGGCUUAGAGUGUUUGCAUAGCAGUCUUGUUUACUGAACCCAGUUUUGGCCAAAUUCACACAUUUUGGUAAAGCAUCAAUUGUAACUCUGAAUUGGAAAAUGACUUAUCUAUUAUGUUUUUCAUAUAGUAUUAUGUGCACUACAUUGUGUUGAAAUCAUCAAAUACUUAGCCAACAUUACCAAAGAUUAAAAAUGAAUUCAGGAAAGCUGUUUUUAAGGCUGUUUCUUUGUUCAAAAACAUAUUUGCCGUGGAAAAAUCUAUGAACAAUGCACUUUCCACAAUAAAGAAAUC